AUGUGGCUGCGGGACUUCCUAUCGAAGGAUUUGCCGCAGUGCCGCACGAUGAUCUACGGGUAUAACUCUAAGCUGUCAAGCUACGGAGUCGAUACGAUCCUCGACGACAGACGGGAGCUGAUGGAGGAGAUCAAGAAAAUCCGAAACACGAAGGAGCUCCAGCAGAGACCUCUGAUUUUCAUUGCACACAGCUUUGGAGGCAUUAUAUUAGCUCAUGCAAUCCAGACGAUGGAGGAAGACCACCCGGCGAUCACGUCGCUAUAUCGAGCUACGUACGGCAUGAUCCUCUUCGCCAUCCCCCACAAGGGAUUAGUGAUGGACGACAUCCAGCAGAUGCUAGCCGGUGACAAAAGCCACCCGCGAGAGCAACUACUGCAACAGAUCUCCAGUAAAUCGGACCUACUGAUCCACCAGCUGGCGGAUUUCAAGAAUUUGAUCAGAGAUCGAAAAGUGGUCAGCUUCUACGAGACGGAGCAGACAAGACGGUUGGUAUUGGACUCGGAAAGCGGAUGA